AUGAACCAAGAAAUCAUGGACUAUUUGCUUCCUUGGAACGGACCUUAUUAUCCGGUAUCAUCCAAAUGCUCUACUCAUCCUUCGUGGGCCGCAUGGUAUGCGUCAACGCACCACACAUCCACAGGAGCCAUGAAAAAUUUGGCUCCUGGAACGGGAACUUAUGGGAAUGAGGCCGACCCGUAUGACCCGGACUGGAAGCAGGACUGGUUCGGCGAUCAAUAUGACAAACUUCGGUCGAUCAAGAUGUACGACCCAGAAGAUGUGUUUUGGUGUUGGCGAUGUGUGGGCAAUGAGGACUGGGAAGAGGUGAUAGGUAGAGCGCUUUUUGGGCCUUUGUGUCAAGUGAACUAA